AUGUCCUCUGUGUGGGAUCGGUGCAUGCAGUGGUGGCAGGAGACUGUUGCCACGCCGCCACGCGUUCAAGCGGACCGCCAGCAGGACGGGUCCGUGGCGUCAGCCCUGUCGUUGCUUGGGGGAAAGGAAGAAAUUGACCUACCGGGCCAGCGGCUGCGUAUUGAGCGUGUCAUCGCUCAAGGAGGCUUCGCGGUUGUGCUGGAGGCCACGGAUGCCCGCGAUCCAUCUCACAAGUUUGCUUUGAAGAAACUGUUGGCCCAUGACCGGGAGCGUUUGGACCUCAUCAAGGCCGAGAUCAAAGUCAUGUUGUCUGCGCGCAGCCCUGCUGAGGUGCUGCUGCUGAUGGAGCUCUGUCCAGGGUGUGUCAUCGACGUCGUCCUCUCCCAUGAACAAGGCGUUCCCGCACACACCAUCAAGUCCUUCUUCACCCAGGCUGCGGAUGCUGUUUCGUUCCUUCACGCACAGUCGCCACCAAUUAUCCACCGCGACAUCAAGGCAGAGAACUUCCUUUUGACGCACGACAACGUUGUGAAGCUGUGCGACUUUGGGUCCUGCACGACGGAGACCAUUGAUCCCGCCGCCCUCGACUAUCGCGCCAAGAUGGCAACUGCAGAGAGAUUAGAAGCCAUGACCACGCCCCAAAACCGCAGCCCCGAGAUGUUGGACUUAUUCUCCGAACAGCCCAUCAAUGAAAAGCUCGACGUCUGGGCGCUGGGGUGUCUGCUGCACGUGCUCUGCCACCGCGUGCACCCGUUUGAGGAUGGGGCGAAGCUGGCCAUUGUCAAUGUCAAGUACAAGGUCCCGCAGUCCUCGCAGUACGCUGCGUUUGACCACGUGAUCGCGGAGCGGCUAUUUGUGAAGGACGUGGCGGCGCGAGCAACAGCGCAACAGGCAAAAGAUGCUGUUGCAGCACUUGAUAUCUAA